GUUGACGUCUACGUGGUGAGGUUUGGAACCACUAACCCGGUUGUACACUUAUCACCAUGGUUGAGACCCGUAGUGGGAUGGAGACUAGCCCCUACACCACUGAGCAGCAAGAAAAGAUGGCCGUCUUAGUCAGAGAGAACAAGGAGAGAAAAGAGCGUGAAAAGCAAGCCAAGCUGAAGGCUAUCGCAGACGAGCAGGCGGCGAAGAUGAAGAGAUUGGAGGAAGAGAUGAAGAGGGUACAACAGGAGGAGGAAGAAAGAAGAAAAGUUGCUGAAGCAGAAGCAACAGCAGAAGAAGAGAAAGAGAGGAUGAGGAUUGAGAGUGGAGAAGGGAGUAGUGGUGGCACGAUGACGAGGGAGACAAAUACAGGGCUGGAGAAGAGGAUCAGAGAGUGGGUCGCUAAUUUUUCGUUGGGAGAAGACAAGGAGGCGGAGUCCUAUGUGACUAAGGAUGAGAAGGCUGCGCUGGCCGCUGAGCUAGCAGCCAUGACAGACCCGAUGGAACGAAGAGAGAGGGAAGACGAACAAAAGUUAGCAUGGAAGUUGAGAAUGAAGAGGGAAAUGAAGAGGAGGAUAGAGGAAGUGAAUAAGAUGACCGCAGCAGUGGCAAAGGUGCAGGAGUGUAGAGCGGAGGGUGCCAAAGCUGUAGCCGCUGUAGAGGGAGAGGCCAGACCCCGUAAGGACCCAGUGAAACUCAAGUUCCCAGAUGCGUACGGGGGGAAGAAGGAAGAGAACUUUGACAACUGGGAAGCCAGUGUCAACAGUUAUAUUUACUUGCAGCAUAUCCUAACAGAGGAGCAAGUCCUCGUGGCCUUCCASGCCCUGAAGGACGAAGCGGCUAGCUUCGCCAGGUMUCUCGCGCGUACAGCCGGUUGUGAAAACAACCUGGUUGCAUAUUCCAAAGUCACUCCUCUUUCCCAAUUCCUCAAGCUCCUCAAGGAGCGKUUCGCUGACCCAACGMGAGGCAUWAGAGCCUCUGAYAAGCUCCRAACGAUCCACUCMCGRCAGUGGAGGAGUGCYAAGGCACUCAAGGGUACUAUGGACGACUUGGUAGCUGUCCCGGACCACGGGGUCACUGAGCCCCAGCUGGUCCAGUUGUUUUAUCGUGCCAUUCCAGAGGCCCUACGCGGGCAUUUCUUUGACAAGUCUCAGCAGGCCGGCAUCACAUACGAUCAAUUGAGUAGGGAGGUCGUCCUCUAUGAGUCAAAGUCUGUGCCAGUUACCACUUUCUGGCAUAAGCACCUGGAGAAGGGGAAGAAGUGGAAGAAUCGUACUAUCUCAGGCCAAGUAAAGGCCAAGGAUCACAUGAUCCUAACGUUAGAGGAAGGUGGUACUGAUGAGGUCCCGUAUGAUCAGAUUGAGUGGGGCCUUGAAGAUGAUGGCAGUAGUGUGGGGCAGGGGAGGUCUUACGCUGCUCUCGCGGCUGGAGGGAGGCCGCAAGGAGGAGGAGGCUAGGGCCAAAGGGGCCAGGCCAUGGGAGGCCGAGGACCGGGUGCACAGGGGGUUGGCGGACAGGGAAACCGCCAAGCGGGAGGUAGGGGUCAAGGUCCCCCGUCAAAUCACCAGGUAAUCGGUCCCCACAACGAAGAGGUGGAAGAGCACCUCAAGGAGGUUGGCACCCAGGCUUGCCACAGGGCAGGCCUUGGGAAUGGCAGGAACGCAUGAACAUGGGCCAGUGCGUAUUCUGUGGUGACCCGGCCCACGUUAUCAAAUUUUGUCC